GUCACCCUGGAAGGAAAUGAGAAUCUAGUCUACAGUUCCCAGAAGCAGUAUCACUCACAAGAGCAAAAAUCUGAAACUAAGAGCUCCUGUCUCCUGGAUCCCCAGGUCCCUGAAUAUGUUAACCCCAAAUAAUGCCUGCUCCAUGCCUACCUCUUUCCAGCUCACUGGCAUCCCUGGCCUGGAAUCCCUGCACAUCUGGCUCUCCAUCCCCUUUGGCUCCAUGUACCUGGUAGCUGUGCUGGGGAACAUGACCAUUCUGGCAGUGGUAAGGAUGGAGCACAGCCUGCACCAGCCCAUGUACUUUUUCCUGUGCAUGUUGGCUGUCAUUGACUUGGUCCUGUCAACCUCUACCAUGCCCAAACUACUGGCCAUCUUCUGGUUUGGUGCCCAUAACAUUGGUGUGAAUGCCUGUUUGGCCCAGAUGUUCUUCAUUCAUUGCUUUGCCACUGUUGAGUCAGGCAUCUUCCUUGCCAUGGCUUUUGAUCGCUAUGUGGCCAUCUGUGACCCACUGCACCAUACCUCGUUGCUCACCCAUGCUGUGGCAGGUCGUUUGGGACUGGCUGCCCUCCUCCGAGGGGUAAUCUACAUUGGACCUCUGCCCCUAAUGAUUCACCUGAGGUUACCCCUUUACCAGACCCAAAUCAUUGCCCAUUCCUACUGUGAGCACAUGGCUGUGGUCGCCUUGGCAUGUGGUGACACAAGGAUCAACAACUUAUAUGGAAUGGGGAUUGGCUUCCUGGUAUUAAUCCUGGAUUCAUUGGCCAUCACUGCCUCCUAUGUGAUGAUUUUCAGGGCUGUAAUGGGCUUGGCCACCUCUGAAGCCAGGCUUAAAACCUUAGGGACAUGUGGCUCUCACAUCUGUGCCAUCCUCGUCUUCUACAUCCCCAUUGCUGUUUCCUCUCUCACAUACCGCUUUGGCCAUCGUGUGCCUCCCCAUAUCCAUAUCCUUUUGGCCAACCUUUACCUCCUCAUCCCACCUAUCCUCAACCCAAUUGUCUAUGCUGUCCGCACCAAGCAGAUCCGAGAGACUCUUCUCCAUAUUAAGGCAAGGACUCAAACCAGGUGACUGUUCUAUAUCUUUUUAUUUUAGGUUCAGGAAUACAUGUAAAGGUUUGUUACAUAGGUAAACUCAUGUCACAGGGAUAUGUUGUACAGAUUAUUUCAUCACGUAGGUAUUAAAAUCAGUACUCAAUAGUUAUGUUUUCUUAUGGGGCAUAUAAUACUUAGUCAUGACAGGACAAAGCGCUAACUGGGAAAUCCCAUGAAAUGUCUGGGUCCUACCUGAACUUUGAGGAUAAGAGUCUAAGAGCAAUCCUAAAGUCUAUUCUGUUUGAUCAUGGAUUUUCUAUACAGUAUAGACCUAAUAUCUGAAAGUGAAGAAAAUCAUGGCAUGAGUUUUGUACUACAAUUCCCUGUUUAACUAUAAACUUAAGCAACAUAAGCAUACAGGCCACAGAAAAUAAGAUAAUUUUUAUCCUUUACUUUUUUGGUAUAAAACUUCAUUCCUCUUUGUAGAAUGUUAUAAAGCAGAAUUUCUAGAAGGCAGAAUUAUGUUCUAACAUCUUGGGCAGUUUACAAAUUCUGUUAGUAAAAUUCUGGAAAAUCUCAACUGUUGACAAGCUUUUCCAACCUUUUGGCUUGCCCCAGAAAAGGCCUUCAGUUGAGCAUAAAAAUAAUAUAAGUAUGAGAAAUCUUAAUAGGACUUGGAAUGAGACCUUACCACCCGCAGGAAUUAAAAUCCUCAAACCAAGUCUUGCCCCAUUUAGACAGAUGAGUUUGCAAUAUUCUUUAUCUCCUAAUAAUAGGGUUAGCUGAGAGCAGGGAAGAGUAGACAGAGAAGGGUAUUAGAAGAUUCCAUUUCAGAGGCCCUGAGAUUGGCAUAUCUGGUAGAUAGGAGCCACACCAAAAUAACGAAAUGGCAUAGAGGGAAGAAGGUAAUGGGAUUGUGAAGGGGGUUGGGGUAGCUGAUAAGCCAAAGGUGAUGAGAAUAGAUGGAAGUCCUGUGGUGCUUGUAAACUUUGAAAUGCUUCCAGAUCUCACUGGAUAAUUCUUGUUGCUACUUCUGAAUUAUGAUUUGACCACUUUCAUUAUUCACUGAUCACAAAGGUUCUGUAAUGAGGACUACUUCAGGCCAGAAACCUG